UAACACAACAUCUAAGUCUGAUUUUAGAAAGAGAACAAAAAACCACACACUCGUGAAUAUGAAGGCUAUUAUAAUAUCUUCUUUGCUUCUUGCUUUCAAUAGUGUAUUUGUUGUUGCUGUGCCUCUCAGCGACAAAGACACUUGCGCACUAUCUUGUAUUACCCAGUGUGGAGGCGGUCAAGCCUCUUUCACCUGCGACGGUCCUCGAGUUACUUCUUGCACAUGCGGUUAAUAUGACAAUUACAGAAAGGAGGAGGGACAGUGGGAAACGCCUCAAUCCCCAGGUACGAAGUAAGGUGUCAAAGUGUGGCAAUUGGCCAUGAGCGAAAGUAGGUCAAAUGUUGCUGUCAUUAGCUAGAUAGAUUUCCCUACCUACAAGUAGCAAUUUAGAUAACAAAUGCAUUGGUUAAAAGGCCAUAAAUUUAAGGCAAUAACUACA